AUGGUUAGUGCAAGGUUAGAAGCUCAAAAGCAAACAAUUCGACAUUACUGGCUUAAUGCCAUUAAGUUAGCAAAGGAAAUACAAAAAAAAACUAGUAUUCCCCUUUAUUCUAUUGAGCGUAAUCUUAAAAAGCUUAGAGAAACAGGUGAUGUUAAUCAUCAGUGUAAUAAUGGUCGGAAAUCGAAGGUUACACAAGACAUUUCUCAGGCUAUUGGGCAACAUGUGCACAAAAAUACUGCAGUUUCGACCUGCUAA